CCCAUGAUGGUUUGUUGUUACUAGACUUCCGGUAGCCAUCCAUAGCGACGGUAACAGGGUUGAUCGUUUGGGUUGGCAGCUCUGGAAUUAGACAACAAGAAGAAGCUGCAAGGUUUAAAAAUGUCUCAAAUUGGCUACAAUCUGCUGCGGGCAACUUCUGCACCAUCACCACAAUAUUAUGAAUCGCCAAUUGAUCCUGCUGCACCCUUGUCAAUCCUAUACCGCAUUGCCCUUGUUGCUUCAGAGCGAAUUAUUCUUAUGAUGAACAACACACAGCUUUUGACUCGUCACCAUCGUCUGAGCAACAUGGCACAGGUUGUUGAUUAUCUUCUGGGCAACCAUGAUGAUAUUGGCUGCAAUGGGGACCGUGGUGACUUUUAUCGCCGAAAAUUAGCAGAGCAGAUUUAUGUUAACUUUCGAGCCCAUUAUAUCACUCACAUGAACGUCUUAGACCUUGUUUACAGCAUCAUCAAAUUGGAGCAUGACACCCGACUAGCUUUGGAGAAGUAUGGGGCAAAUCGAUGCAGUGCUCCUUUCAUACACAUUGAUAGUCAGGUCCUAGAUGUUCUUGCACGAAUUGCUGAUAUUCACUAGGUGUCUCUCCCAAGUAUAAAAGGCAAUAAUAUUUUUCACUAGCAGGAAUUUUAAAAGCUGGUUUUCCCAAAAUGACAUAAUGCAAUGUUGAAACGAUAUGUAAAUUUUGGUUGAAUCUUUUGUUCUCACCAAAAAUGUUUGACAUGACUUUUCGUAUAUCACUAUCUUGAAUUAACAUGUAAAAAUGAUAAAAAUAUAUAAUCAUCAAAUUUUUUUACGUGCAAUUCUAAUUUUUGUUACUUUUAAAAGAUGUCGCAGCUUCUGUGUCAUCUGAACCUAUCCUAUAUUUUUGUUUACAGUUCUGGCACCAGUGGUUCUCUGUUUUAUAUAUAUAUAAAGUCUAGCCAGACUGUAUGGUCAUGGUGAAUAUCCCUAGCCUUUUAAGGCCAUUGGCUCCCAAUUUCAGGUUGAGCCAGUGGGGAGGGGAAGAGGGAAAAGAAAGUGGAAAGGCAAAAGAGUGCAAAAUUAGUUUCAAAAUUUGUUUCAGAUGGGUUUUAUUCAUUAAGAGAUUCAUGUUCCCCAAAUGAAUGUAAACAAAUCAGUUCCAUUCAUAAGAAGCAAGACUUCAAACAUUGCUUCUCUCCCCUAGAUAAGCCUUUAAGUUAUAAACAUAAAAGGAAAAAAAAAUACUAAAACUUUUACCAUACACCUAAGGAAUGCCAAAAGAAUGUAAGUACUCUUCUGAGUACAGACCUCUAAGAUACUGCUGUCUUCCGCAAAACACAUUUAAACACAUUCUUGGACAGAUUAAAAGGAUUGAAACCAUGCAUUCGUUUAUUGUUGUUUUAAUAUCAUGACUGAAGACUAUGCAAAUCUGAUACAUCAGUGAUUUUUAAAUAUGUACAUGUAUAGCAUAAAACAAUUAAUAUUUAAAAGUGUCAACAUGUCCAUAAAUAUCUUGUUAUUAUUGAGUAGCUUUAUGUCAAUCACCUUUUGAUUGAACACAAUUUAUGAUACUGAGAUUUGAUUUUGAUGUUUUUAUUUUAUCACAUUAAAACAGUUAAUUAGGUCUUUCCCAAGCUGCAUCUGUCUCAAAAUGGUGAUUGAAAAAUUUAUGUAUGGUGGUAGCUGUUUAUUUAUUUGAAAAUGCACCUUGAACAUUUUAUUUUGAGUUGAGUUUGAUAUUGAUUUUGUUUUUUUCGUAGUUUGGUCGAAUUUGUGUGCUUUAGCUUUCUAGCAAUCAGUGCCCUUGGGGGUUUAGCAAGUAUUGAAUAGCUGGUUUUUAUUUCUGAGUGAAGAUAUAAAGUCACUUCUUUUCACAGAGUGAAAUCUCUGAAGCUUAGUGUCUUGUUGAACAGACUCUGAACAAACAGUUGUAAAAUUCAGCUUACGGCAUGAUUAUGCGAAGAUUGCUUUUUAGUCAAUAUUGGCGAAUCCAAGCUUGAAAAAGCUAUCUGCCUUUUUAACAAAAAAUGUAAAUAAACCGGAAGCUAUUUCGUCUAAUUCCUCGUUUUAGCAGUUAACUGGAAAAAAUCGUUGGCCAGCAGUCCAGGGAUAUUAGUUCAUGGUGGACACCAGACCUGGCAAUGUCUUCAUGACCAACACAGCUUGCCAAUUACUUUGCCCUGUGGCCUUUUCAGCAGCUCAGGCUAUGUGGCCCAUUUCAGUGGGAUUGUCCUAAUUUUAAAGAUCGAAAUUAGAAGCACAGAAUGUAAGACUACUUUUAGAUCAUUACUUUUUUCAAAAGAUGGCAUUGGGGCAGUGAACAUAAGAUACUAAAUACCCAUUUUGUCUGUGCAUACGCUAUGGCUGGUGAUAAUACUAAGGCAUAACUGUUGGAUGUAUAUUGAGAUGCUGUUUUCUGUAUUUAUCGUGUAUUUUUAUUAAUUUGCUUAACACAACUUUUUUAUAAUUAAAUUUAAACAAGACCAGCAAAAA